CGGGCGGAGGCCGCGGCCGAGCCGGGGGCUCGCGUAGAUGUGCAGCCCGGGGGAGGCCCCCCCUGGGCCGGCCCCGGCCGGGGACCUGCCCCCGGAGUGGGAGACGGAUGACGAGCGCAUGGCCUUCCUGUUCUCGGCCUUCAAGCAGAGCCGCGAGGUGAACAGCACCGAGUGGGACAGCAAGAUGGCCUUCUGGGUCGGGCUGGUUCUGGCCCGCGGCCGGCGGAGGGGCGCGGUGAGGACGUGCCUGAGGGAGCUGCAGAACGGCUUCGAGCGGCGGGGCAGCGUCCCCUUGGGGCUCGGCACCGUCCUCAGGGAGCUGCUGAGACGUGGGAAGCUCCAGAGGGAGUCAGACUUCAUGGCCAGUGUAGACAGCAGCUGGAUCUCAUGGGGUGUGGGAGUUUUCAUCCUGAAGCCCCUCAAGUGGACCCUGUCCAGCGUGCUGGGGGAUAGCAAAAUCCCUGAGGAAGAGGAGGUUCUGAUCUACGUGGAGUUGCUGCAGGAGAAGGCAGAGGAGGUUUAUCGGCUGUACCAGAGCUCGGCGCUCUCCUCCCACCCCGUGGUGGCGCUCUCCGAGCUGCGCUCGCUGUGCGCCGGCCUGUGCCCCGACGAGAGGACCUUCUACCUGCUGCUGCUGCAGCUGCAGAAGGAGAAGAGGGUCACCAUCCUGGAGCAGAACGGAGAGAAGAUUGUGAAGUUUGCCCGAGGCCUCCACGCCAAGGUGUCCCCAAUGAAUGAUGUGGACAUUGGAGUUUAUCAGCUGAUGCAGAGUGAGCAGCUGCUGUCACAGAAGGUGGAGUCCCUUUCCCAGGAAGCAGAGAAGUGUAAAGAGGAUGCCAGGAGUGCUUGCAGAGCUGGGAAGAAGCAGCUGGCCCUGCGGUGCCUCAAGGCCAAGCGGAGGACAGAGCGGCGCAUUGAGGAGCUGCACUCCAAGCUGGACGCGGUGCAGGGAAUCCUGGAUCGGAUCUACGCCUCCCAGACCGACCAGAUGGUGUUUAAUGCCUACCAGGCUGGAGUGGGAGCUCUGAAGCUUUCCAUGAAGGAUGUGACUGUGGAGAGGGCAGAGAACCUGGUGGAUCAGAUCCAAGAGCUUUGUGACACUCAAGAUGAAGUGGCCCAGACCCUGGCUGGAGUGGGGAUCAAUGGGCUGGAGAUGGACUCUGAGGAGCUGGAGAAGGAGCUGGACAGUCUCCUGCAGGACUCCAGCAAGGAUUCCCUGGAGCUGCCUCCCGUUCCCCAGAAGGUGCUGAGUGCCCCCAUCUCUGAUGCCGAGCUGGAAGCUGAGCUGGAGCAGCUCUCUGUGUCUGCUGGAGAUGUGGCACAAGAGGCUCCCUCUGCUUCUUCUGAACCCAAAACAGCUGUGGGACUGAAUCUCUGAAGAGCCAACAGAAUCCUGUUGCUGCAGUUUGGGAAGUGUCUCAAUGUUCCUUAACUGAUGACCAGAACUUCCAAGGAGAGGGGAGCAGCCCUGUCCUCCUGGAUCUGUCUUUGCUCAGCAGCAGGAGCUCCUGCCAUGACAAUCCACUCUGGACCUGGCCCCACUGGUGUUUGUCAUCUCUGUGCCAGCCUCUGCUCUCGAUCGGACUCGGGAGCCACUGCCACAUCCAGUCCUCCCUCCUGGGAGCACAGCUCCAGCCAAGAUGAACUCUUCUGUGUCCAUACCAGUGCUCGGUUUUGGGUUUGAUUUUGAUUUCUCUUCCUUUGCUGUGGCUGAUGUUGAGAAUCUGAGUAGCAGCAGCAGCAGCGUUGCAGUGGCUCAACAUUUGGCUGUUUGUGUGGUUGUUUAGAACACUUGGCACAUCAGUCCUGCCCUUGCAGCAGCUUAAACACCUGGUGCUUGUUGUGUCCCUCCCUCUGGAUCCUGCACUGACAGCCAGGCACUGGAACUGCUCAGUUUGAGGAGGUUUUGGUGCUGCUCAGAGAGGGCAGCAAUGGCAAGCACAAGACAAAAGAAUCCCUCUCUCUGUAAUGACAUUAAGGCCUUAAAAGGGAGACCUGCAAAAGAUUCCCCUGGAGGAGUUUCAGGCUCUUGUGGCCAAGGCUGGGCGUUGCCAUCCAGCCUCUUUUUGAAAUUGGAGCUGGUGGCUAUUUUUGUAUCACCCCUGGGAGCAAAACUCCUUGGCAGCUGCAGGGUGCAGGCUCUGAGCUGCCAGGAGGGUUUGGGGUGGGAAAUAAAAGGAUCCCUUGGGAGAGCACAGCUCCAGGGAGCAGCCUUGGCUUUGCCUUCAGCCCUGGCCCUGCACUCCCCAGGAUUGUGCGUCCCCAGAAAGCCCCUGACAGCCCCUGUGGGUGUUUUUGAUGCACCAAACCCUGAGCACCACAGCUGCAGCUGCUCCAGGGCUGCCUCUCCCCCUCCAGCCCAGCCCCUCAUCUUUUGCAGGUCACUUUUUACCCCUGGCGUGCACACGGAAGCCUGGGAAGCCCAAAUCCCUGAAAAACGGAGCCCCAGGAGGGGAAUGUGCCCUUCCCUGGGAUUGCUGAGCAUGGCAGGGGAGUGCCUGGCUGCCUGUGGAUGGAUCACAGCCCUGUGCCCCUCCUCCUGACUGGGAAUGUGUCCCACAGCACUGGGAAUGGAUUCCUGAACCAGUGGGAAUAAUGGAUUCCUGUACCAGUGGGAAUGGAUUCCUGUACCAGUGGGAAUGGAUUCCUGAACUAGUGGGAAUGGAUUCCUGAACCAGUGGGAAUGGAUUCCUGAACUAGUGGGAAUGGAUCCCUGCAACACUGGGAAUGGAUUCCUGAACCAGUGGGAAUGGAUUCCUGAACCAGUGGGAAUGGAUUCCUGUACCAGUGGGAAUGGAUUCCUGUACCAGUGGGAAUGGAUUCCUGUACCAGUGGGAAUGGAUUCCUGAACCAGUGGGAAUAAUGGAUUCCUGAACCAGUGGGAAUGGAUUCCUGAACUAGUGGGAAUGGAUCCCUGCAACACUGGGAAUGGAUUCCUGAACCAGUGGGAAUAAUGGAUUCCUGAACCAGUGGGAAUGGAUUCCUGCAACACUGGGAAUGAAUUCCCACAGCACUGGGGAUGUAUCCCAGCAGCACUGGGAAUUUAUUCCCACAGCAUUGGGAAUGUAUCCCAGUACCACUGGGAAUUUAUUCCUGCACCACUGGGAAUGUGUCCCACAGCACUGGGAAUUUAUUCCCACAGCACUGGGAAUUUAUUCCCACAACAUUGGGAAUUUAUUCCUGCACCACUGGGAAUGUAUCCCAGCAGCACUGGGAAUGUAUUUCCACAGCACUGGGAAUUUAUUCCCACAGCAUUGGGAAUGUAUCCCAGUACCACUGGGAAUGUAUUUCUGCACCACUGGGAAUGUGUCCCACAGCACUGGGAAUUUAUUCCAGUACCACUGGGAAUGUAUUCCAACAUCACUGGGAAUGUGUUCCUGCACCUCUGGGAAUGUAUUUGUGCAGCACUGGGAACGUGUCCCACCACCACUGGGAAUGUGUUCCCACAGCACUGGGAAUGUGUUCCAGCAUCACUGGGAAUUUAUUCCAGCAUCACUGGGAAUGUGUUCCAGCAUCACUGGGAAUGUCUCCCAGCCCUUCCCCGCUGCCUCUCCAAACCCCAUUCCUCAGUGGCAGUUUGGGAUAAUGGCAAUGGGGGCUGGAGUUUCCCCUCCUGGUGCUCGUUCCGUGCCCCUCAGUCCCAGCCAGGGCCAGGGCUGGCACUGGGGCUGUCCCCAGGGGCUCUGUCCCCUCUGUCACCGCUCACCAGUGCAGGCUCCUGCCAGGGGAGGGGGAGGCUGCAGCUCACACUCCCCAUGGAAUGAUGUACAAUGACUUGAAGCUCUGUAUUCCUUUCUCUGGAAGUAAAUGGGAGAAAAACCUCGGUGUUUUCUGCCUGUGUGUGACCAAAGGGGAGGGGAGGGACCUGGGAGCCUCCUGUGCUUUGUCCCUGUUCCAGCUGCUGUUCCAGCUGUGCUGGGAUCCAGGCAUGGUCCUGGGCUGCUUUGUCCAAACCCAAACUGAGCAACUGCUCCACCCCACUAACCUGGGUUUAAAAAGCUCAUUAUUAAAUAUUACCACGUUUAA